CAGGCCUCUGCCUCCAGGGAGCUUGCAGCCUACAAGAGCCAGUAUGCUGUGAUGGCUAUCAUGUUAGUAUUACACCAGGGAUAUGUGGAUCUUCAGACUGACCUGUAUCAACUUGUGUGCCCUUCCCUUUCUCUUGUGUGGCUAGAGUUUCCAUGUGCGUCACAUUCUUCAAAGUUUCAAUUAGUCCUUGAUUCAUUCUGAAAACCUUUUAGCCUCUUUAUUUCACAGUUGUGUAAUGCAGGAACAGAUUUCUUGCUCAAGCCACUCCACCCAACCCUGAUGACCUUAUGGCUGUUAUUAUCAGCCUUCCCUACCUCACAGGGUUGUUAUGAAGAGAAAAUGAAGGCAGGGAACUGUUUUGUGGGUGAGGAGUUCUCUUGUGGUUUAGUGGUCGUAGCUUAGCCCCUUCCUUCCUUCCUUCCUUCCUUCCUCCCCCCCCCCCCCCAUUUUUCACAGUGAGUUACAGAAGACAGAAUAAGAAGUGUGAGUGAGGGAGUUUGUCACAACUGGUAGCAAUUCCUUUGCAAGCAAAUGAAUUCCGAGCAACGAGUUUUGCUUCCCUCCUCCUUCCUCCAGUCCUUUCAUCCUGCCUGGAGCUGCCAUGGAAACGGAAUAAAGCCUCUUGCACUGAGUACAGUGUGGUGUGCAGGCUUAAUGCACAAGCAAAGGAGAGGGUCUGGGAAAGGAAGAUCCUUGCCGGCGGGAGAGAAAAGAGCAGAGGUUGUGCAUGAGGAGUUCUAGAACCGCCUGCAGGUGAGGAAUUGAUGCCAAAUGGGAUAAGGAAGUCAGAGAGGGAGAGAAGGUUGGCAUGUAACCCACGACCAGUGUUAUAACCACAGCCAAAAAAAUGCUUGUGUCUGUGCAUGCUAAAACCACCCUUCUAAAUGAUAUUUAAGGACAGCCUGCUGCAGAUCUGGCAACAGUGAAGUGGUUCUGUUUCAAGGCUGAGUGUCUGGGAGUGCGUGUGUUUUGUUGGUGGAUGUUUUAGGGUGCCCCCAAACUGUUGAUAUUUUGUGGGAGGAAUACAAACACAUACUGGAACUUUAGGUUUGCACAGUUAAAGUGGAUUGCAACCCUCUGUCAUCCUAGUAUCACAAAUCCACUUUAAAUAAACAACAUUGGACUUUUCACAGUUUACAAAGUGAUGGGGAAAUGCAUUCAAAAGUGUGGGAUGAUGAAUUAUUAUUAUUUAUUAAAUUUGUAUAACGCCCUAUACAGUACUUGCAGGUCUAAGGGCGGUUCAAUGACACAUAAAGACCCUGCACGCACAUAAGGGUGAAUGUAAGAUAAAUACUCUUUGCUGUAUAACUACCCCAUAAAUAAAUCAGAACAAAUGCUCAAUGAAGAUCAGACAUUGUCCAACUAUUGUGUAAGCUUUGUGCAAGCAUAUCAGGAUGAAUGUUGAAUAAACAGGUUGUCUGGAGGAGCCCCGCGUAUUGUGGACAAACAACAACAUUGUCAGCAGCAACAGCCAAAAUGAAUUGGGAACUAAAGCAACAGCUGCUAUCAGAGACACCAGGAUUAGAUCCUCUCACAAACAACUUGUAGCACAAAUGUGCAAAUCACUUAUUGGUAUCUCUGCUUUUCAACUUCAAGUAACAGUAAUUCUUCCAUCUACUCAGAGUAAGAUAUCAUUAAGCCUAGGCCAUUUCCCACUUGCCUGAUCCACUGUAGGAUGUGGAAGACAAAGAUGGGGAAAUGGAAAGUUGCCUAAACGCCACACAGUAAACCACCCUCUGUACAGCCUUAAGGCAUUUUUCCAUCUUUCCGCUUUCCACAAAGCAAAGUCUGGUUACAGGAUCUAAGGAGAAACUGUGAGUAAGGAAGUGUUGUUGCUAUUCAUGACUUGGAGAUAGGUCUUGCUUGGCGAGCAUCUCGGCAGAUGGCUAUAUGAAUUAUAUUCUUAGAAUUUUUUUAAAAAAACACGUAUUGAAUAUUUUUCAAGCCACUCCAUCUCAUUGCAAUUAUUCUUAUUAUUCAAUUAGGUAUUUAUAUCCUGCUCUUCUGCGCCAAAAGCAUAAUCAAGACAGCAUGCAGGAUAAAAUAAUAAAAACAAACUAAAAUGCAAUGUUAAAAACAAUAACAAAGAAGCCACAAUAAAAACGCAGGGUUGUUUUUAAAAAAUUACCUGGGAUGCAUACGGGCUGUGCUCAGCGCUCCCUUUAAAGAGUCACGUGGAGCAUGUGUGCAGCUCUUGGGGGCUUUUCCCCGAGGAUGGAGAAGGGCAGCCCGUCAAGUCCCUUCUCCCACCUUGCGGAAAAGCCCCCAAGAGCCACACACAGUGAAGCGGGAGAAGGGAUGGAAGGGUUUUAAGCAAGAAAAGCGAGAGCCGCUUACAUGCUCUGCGCAGAAUAUUUUUUUCUUGCUUUCCCCCUCUAAAAACUAGGUGCAUCUUACGGUCAGGUGCAUCUUAUGGAGCGAAAAAUACAGUAAGAGUCCAUAGGUCAGGGGUGGGAAACCUGUGGCUCUCCAGAUGUUGUUGCAGACUCCUCAGUGGCAAAGGUUGAUAGGAGCUUGAGGACUCAGCUACAUUAGUAAGGAAAAAGUGUUUUAUAUGCGUUAUAACACUGUGACACCAGAUAGCACUGUGGAAUUCCAUCUUUCACCAACAUGCUUUCCCACUAUGUUGUUUACAACGCAUUUUCCGGAAACACUUUUUUUAUGUGUCUAGAUCCAGCCUAAGACCAGUGACAACUGGAGGGCUACAAGUCCCUCCCUGCCCUAGAUUAUUAUUUUUUCACAUUUGGAAUGGCAGUUCCAACUCAGCAUCCACAGAUGCCCUGCUGCCCACAUUGGUGCCCCUGGGCGGGGGAGGACAGAUUAUGAGCUUUUAUUUUUUCUUUUUUUAAAAAGUAAGGCUCUAGCCUUCCAGGAAAGUUAUGAAGCAAAACAUACAGGUACCCUUCUAAGUGAUUUCUGCAAGAUGGGGGCUGCUGCCUGUCAAUGCUUGUAACCAACGAAUGAAGCUGUGAUUGAUAAAUGUGUUGUUUAGACACCAGGCAUUAGGAAUCCCCCUGUUCUUUAGCACACUUUUCCUGUUUCUGUCUGUCCUAUUUAUAGUCUUUGGAUUCUCUUUAGUUUGCCCUUCUUUUCCCCGUAGCAGCCAGGAUGCAUCUUCCCUAAGGUCUCUUGGUGUUAACCAGGGCUUAUUCGCAGGUAAGUGGGUGCAGGAUGGCAGCCUAGACUUUGGUUUAUGGUUGACGCUCAGGAAACAGGAGGUUCUUGUGUCUUUGGCAGCUGUAUGGCAGGCAGAAACUCAACAGGUCAAGGCAAGCCUUUCCUAGUAUGGAAAGCCUCGCCAUAACUGUACUGUCUCUAAGUUUGGGUUAUGCCUGGCCACUUUGUUCAUCAAUGACGGCGCUGUCAAUAGUGCCACACAAUGCCUGCUGUACAACUACCAGGAGAGGAGCAUUCAGUGUGGCAGCAUCAAAAUGAUGGAACUCCCUCCCAAUGUGCAUUAUGCAAGCGCCUUCUGUUUUGUAAUUUCAAACACAUUUCUGUUUAACCAAGCCUUCCUUGAAGUGUGACCAGUUCUGUAUUUUAGUCAUUUAUAGCUGAACAGUUUUAAUGUUUAACUUUUUAUAUUGUUCCGUGUAACUUUGUAUUGCUCACAGUUUAGGUGUGUGUGUGUGUGUAUGUGUAUAUGUGUGUGUGUGUGUGUGUAUAUAUAUAUAUAUAUAUAUAUAUAUAUAUAUAUAGCACUAGCUAAAUGUGCUAAACAAGCAGACUUUGUUUCAGUGCAAUAGCCAAGGAUGUUACUCAAUUCCCACUUACCAUUUGCUUCUAGUGAUGUUUAACCUGACAGAAGUGACCUUCCUCGGUGAUGCCCACGCUCGGUUCCAGACUCUAAAGCCUUGGUGGGAUGUCCUGAUGGACUACUUGGUAGUAGCAAUGCUUAUGGUCUCUCUCCUCUCAGGUACUCUGCUGAUUUCUGUUGACCAUAUGACCUGCUUGCCACUGAAUUACAAGCUAAAUGAGACCACAGCAGCUAUGCUCAAGCCUGGAGCUAUGGACAGUGCCACCAAUGAAGAGUUUUCUGCUGAGAAGAGUGGACGCCCAAUCAACCUUGACUACCAGCAGUACCUGUACAUAAACCAUGUCUGCUAUCAGAAUGCUUUGCCUUGGUUCUCCAAGUAUUUUCCUUACCUAGCACUUGUCAACUCACUGGUUUUAAUGGCAAGCAGCAACUUCUGGUUCAGGUACCCUAAGACGUCCUCAAAGAUCGAACACUUCUUAUCCAUCCUCAUGAAAUGCUUUGAGUCCCCUUGGACCAUCAAGGCCGUCUCUGAAAUGGUCUACCAGAAUUUCGUAGACCUACCCAAAACCACGGAUACUAGAGGGUGUCAAGAACAAUUUAUUUCCCCUUCAUCCUCUCCUAUCCUUGACUGGAAGGAGAGGGAGCAGGGCCGGGCACUCUUUGAGAAGAUCUGCAGAUUCAGGGCACAUGCUGAAGGUGCCAGCUUGAUUUAUAUGGUCUACAUGGGACAAACAAUCUUCAAAGUUGCCAAGAUCCUAACUGUGCUGGGCUACACCUCCAACUGCAUAGGAGCCAUCUCCUUUGAACAUGUUUGCUGGCUGGACACAGAGAACCUCACCGGCUACUCUGUUUUCCUCUGUAACCACAGCUUGGCUUUCAUUCUGCAGAAGUUGAUGGUGACCUACCUGUUCUUGGUAUUCCUCUAUGGGGUGGUGGGGGCUUACCCAUUGAUGUGGCUGCUGCGGCAGCCGCUGCAGAAGUAUUCCUUUAAGCAAAUGCGAGAAGACAGUCACUUUCUUGGCAUCCCAGAUGUCUACAACGACUUUGCUUUCCUCCUGCACAUGGCUGAUCAGUGCGACCAACUAUACUCCUGGCGGUUUGCCAUCUUCCUCUCAGCCAUGAGCAAGAGCUCUUUGCUGGAUGUGGGCCUUGAACACAAGGCAAGUAUUGAAGGGCUGCAGCUGCAUGUGCAUUGAUACUCAAGGGCAUCAGAGAACUAAG